UGUGUGGGACAUUAACAACGAAGUUCUAUCUGUAUUACAAUGUUUUGGGAUAAUUAGAUUUUAGAUUACAGUGUUUUAGACAAAAUGGCGCAAAUGGAACAACAAUUACCACUUCAAACACCUGAUUUAAGUACUAUUCGUAUAAGUACAGCUGUUUCCAUGCUUGGCAAAGCAUAUGGAUGUGGACAAUGUCAUGGUCAUGCUCCCCUAUCUGGAUCUUCGACAAGUGCUCCGGUCGUAGGAGGACCCGAAGCAGCUGGGAACAAUGUUGUGGCUUCCAGUUCCUUAGGACUUGUACCCAUACAACAGACACACACACCACCGCAACCUCCUGAACUGCCAACGUUUUCAUGUCCUCGGAGACCAGACAUAGGACGUGAAGGCAAACCAAUCAAUUUAAGGGCCAAUCACUUCCAAAUUACUAUGCCACGCGGUUAUGUACAUCAUUAUGAUAUUAAUAUUCAACCUGAUAAGUGUCCUCGUAAAGUUAAUAGAGAAAUUAUAGAAACAAUGGUACAUGCAAAUAGCAAACUAUUCGGAACUCUUAAGCCUGUGUUUGAUGGCAGAAAUAAUUUAUAUACAAGAGACCCCAUACUGAUUGGUAACGACAAAGUAGAAUUAGAGGUUACACUACCUGGAGAGGGUAAAGACAGAGUUUUUAAAGUAUUUAUAAAAUGGAUGGCUCAAGUUUCACUAUUUGCUUUAGAAGAAGCUCUAGAAGGACGUACAAGACAAAUACCAUAUGAUGCUAUACUUGCUUUAGAUGUUGUAAUGAGGCAUUUACCAUCCAUGACAUAUACUCCAGUAGGUAGAUCAUUCUUCAGUACGCCUGAUGGAUACUAUCAUCCCUUAGGAGGUGGUAGGGAAGUCUGGUUUGGUUUCCAUCAGUCUGUUAGACCAUCACAAUGGAAAAUGAUGCUGAAUAUUGAUGUAUCUGCAACUGCAUUUUACAAAGCACAACCAGUUAUAGAGUUUAUGUGUGAAGUGUUAGAUAUUCGAGACAUAAACGAACAAAAGAAACCACUCACAGAUUCCCAACGAGUUAAGUUUACAAAAGAAAUCAAAGGACUUAAAAUUGAAAUUACACACUGUGGAACGAUGAGGCGGAAGUAUCGAGUGUGUAAUGUUACUCGCAAACCGGCCCAAAUGCAGUCGUUUCCACUCCAACUAGAAAAUGGACAAACAGUUGAGUGUACCGUUGCAAAGUAUUUCUUAGACAAGUACAAAAUAAAGUUGCGCUAUCCACAUCUUCCUUGCUUACAAGUCGGACAAGAACACAAGCAUACAUACUUGCCACUUGAGGUGUGUAAUAUUGUUGCUGGUCAACGUUGCAUCAAGAAAUUGACCGACAUGCAGACGUCUACUAUGAUAAAAGCAACAGCCCGUUCAGCUCCAGACCGUGAACGAGAAAUAAAUAAUUUGGUUAAAAGAGCUGACUUCAAUAAUGAUUCAUACGUUCAAGAAUUUGGUCUGACGAUAUCAAAUAGUAUGGUGGAAGUUAGGGGUCGUAUUUUAGUCCCGCCUAAGUUGCAGUAUGGAGGGCGCGUAAGUUCCCUCAGUGGACAGACAAAACAGCAGGCUGUGCCUGCCCAAGGUGUUUGGGAUAUGCGCGGCAAGCAAUUCUUCACAGGUGUGGAAAUCAGAGUUUGGGCAAUUGCUUGCUUUGCACCACAAAGGACUGUGCGUGAAGAUGCACUUCGAAUGUUCAUAGCACAGUUGCAGAGAAUAAGUAAUGAUGCGGGGAUGCCAAUUGUGGGGCAACCAUGUUUUUGUAAAUAUGCUACUGGGCCAGAUCAAGUAGAGCCCAUGUUCAAGUAUUUAAAAAUGACAUUUGCAUCAUUGCAACUUGUGUGUGUUGUACUGCCUGGGAAAACUCCCGUAUAUGCUGAAGUUAAAAGGGUAGGAGAUACCCUUCUGGGUAUGGCAACACAAUGUGUGCAGGCAAAAAAUGUUAAUAAAACGUCACCACAAACACUGUCCAAUUUAUGCCUGAAGAUUAAUGUAAAACUGGGUGGUAUUAAUAAUAUUUUAGUACCCAGUAUCAGACCAAAAGUAUUUGACGAACCUGUCAUUUUCUUUGGAGCUGAUGUAACUCAUCCUCCUGCUGGAGAUAAUAAGAAACCGAGUAUAGCUGCAGUAGUUGCUAGCAUGGAUGCUCAUCCAUCUCGAUAUGCAGCUACUGUUCGAGUUCAGCAGCACAGACAGGAAAUCAUACAAGAACUUAGUUCAAUGGUGAGGGAACUUCUUGUAAGAUUUUAUAAGAGCACUGGAGGGUAUAAGCCACAUAGGAUAAUUCUUUAUCGGGAUGGUGUCUCGGAAGGCCAGUUUCUGCAUGUAUUACAGCACGAGUUAACUGCCAUUCGUGAAGCUUGUAUGAAACUCGAAGAUGAUUAUAAACCUGGUGUAACAUUUAUUGUAGUACAAAAAAGACACCAUACUCGCUUAUUCUGCGCAGAAAAGAGAGAACAAAGUGGAAGAAGUGGAAAUAUACCUGCGGGUACAACAGUUGAUAUUUGUAUUACACAUCCAACUGAAUUUGAUUUUUAUUUAUGUAGUCACCAGGGUAUACAGGGCACGUCACGACCCUCACAUUACCAUGUUCUCUGGGAUGAUAAUCAUUUUGAAAGCGAUGAAUUACAAUCUCUUACGUAUCAACUGUGUCACACAUAUGUUAGGUGUACAAGAUCUGUUAGUAUACCUGCACCAGCAUACUAUGCUCACCUUGUAGCAUUCCGAGCUAGAUAUCAUUUGGUAGAAAAAGAACAUGAUAGUGGAGAGGGUUCUCAUCAAUCAGGCUGCAGCGAGGAUAGAACACCAGGUGCAAUGGCAAGAGCUAUCACAGUUCAUGCAAAUACCAAACGGGUUAUGUACUUUGCAUAAUUUUUUUUACUCGUUGUACACACAUGCAACUUAUAUCAUAAGAUUUUAAUCAUCAUAUCUUGCAUGUGAAUAUUCCUAGAUUGUUUUAGUGCUAGAAAAUAUUGCGUGACCAAGUUCUUGCUUAUUUAAGUAAGUCUGCCCAAUGUUCAAGACGCAUGAAAGAUUCUUGUAUUGAGGUUAGUUGUCUUCUUUCUUUGUGUAAAAUGUUUUAUGUAUGGUAUCAAUGACUAGGCUUUGGACAGACUUUUUACAUUUAAUAUUUUAUGAAGUAAGUUUCAAAAGAGGUGCUUUUAGUUAAUCAUGUUUUGGAUUAGAUUAAGAUGUACGCAGCUUGACUGGUGAGUUAUUUUGCUUUGAAGACUAUAAACAGAUAAUUAAAGACAUAAAUCAACUGCCGUGCAUAUUAUUAGUAUCAUUCUUGAGAAU